AUGCGCACCGCUUCUCUCUCCGCUGUUGCCCUCUUGGCCGGCUCUGCCGUGGCCGCCGAGUGCUCAACUGGCCUCCACAUUCUCGUCGGCCGCGGCACCUCUGAGGCCGCGGGUCUGGGCGAGACGGGCGCGCUGGCCAAGAACAUUAGCGACGCCGUCCCCGGAUCCGACAUUGUCGCCAUUGACUACCCGGCCACGCUCGCAGACCCCGGCUACAACGUUUCUGAAACAGAGGGUGCCAAAGACGUAUACGACAAGGUCACCAAGUACCACCAGGACUGCCCUGGGCACAAGAUGGCCUAUCUCGGCUGGUCGCAGGGCGCGCAGAUUGCCGUCAACGCGUUUUGCGGCGGUCAGGGCGGCAUCUUUGGCGAUGCCGCGGCCAUUCCGGCUGAUGCUGUAAAGGAUGUCGUCGCGAUUGCCAUUUUUGGUGACCCCAGCUUCAACCACACGGCUCCUUACGCCAAGGGCACCAGCACCGUCGACGGCCUUUUUGUCCGGAAUGGCAUUGGCGCUUGCGCCAACUUUACCAACAAGAUUGUGUCGUACUGCGACGCGGGCGAUGUGUACUGUAGCGGCGGAAACAACCGAUCAGUGCACGGGCUGUACCUGGUCAACUACCCUAAGCAGAUGAUGCAGUUUGUGAUUGACGGCUACAACAAUGCCACGGGCAGCAGCGUCGGCGGCGGCAACAGCACGACGACGGCGACAGCGACCACGACGGCUGGUCCGACUAGCAGCGGCAGCAGGACGAGUCCGACGUCGAGCACCUCGGCCUCGGCUACAGCGACGAAUAACAAGAGUGGCGCGGCGGGUAUGUCGACGAGUCUGAUGUAUGUUGUGCCUGCGGCUCUGGUUGCAGCGGCCCAGAUGCUUCUGUAG